GGCAUUGUGACAAGGCCUGCCCGGCACAGGGGAUUAAUCGGGGUUAUCAUAUUGGGAUUUUCCAGCCCAAUAUUCGCGAGCACAAUGAGUCCGUCAAAAGGAACGGGUGGCUUGCUGAAAUCUUUCGUUUCCUGCAUUACAAGGCCCAGGGUAUGCCUGUGUCGUGUCAUACCCGUGAUUGGGAUUACCAGCCCUGAGUGUCCCCCGGACGACGUCAUUUUUACACAUGGAAAAUCUGGACCCAUCAAGGCAUUGAAGGUCGAACAGAAUUCCGCACCAAGCUUCAGUGCAAUUCCGACUGCUGGCGUUCUUCCUGUCUAUCCAGCUUGAUGCCCGUCAUGAAUCAGCCCCCAUUGCAAAGGCCCGUAGACUUUUGGCUUCGAAUAUCUCCGGUGUAGCGUGUUGUUGAUUGCGUGUAGACGCAGUUGACAGCUUCGCAGGUUGAUAGCUACAAAGAACAGCAGAGCUGAAGGGACCAAAUGGAAAGGGAAUGUGUCUAGCUGCAGGGUGGAAAUGAGUGAGAAGAAACAAAAG